AUGCGAUUCUCAAGAACUCUUGUAGCAGGCUCUCUUGCCUCGGCUGCUAUUGCGGCUCCAGCUUCUCCAACUGCAACGAGUGCCAAAGACGUCUACGCGGCCCAGGCCACAGCCCUCACCCGCAGCCCAACCAGCCACGUGAAGGGCAAGGUAUUCGACAGAUAUGUCUCAAUCUGGUUUGAAAAUACCGACUUUGACAUGGCUGCUGCUGAUCCUAAUUUCCAAUAUUUUGCCAAGAAGGGAAUCACAUUAAGCAACAAUUUCGCUCUCACACAUCCCAGCGAGCCAAAUUAUAUGGCUGCUGUUGGCGGUGACUACCUCGGCCUCGAUGGUGAUCCAUUUGUUUCCGUCCCAGGGAACGUUUCAUCAGUCGUUGAUUUGCUUGAGGACAAAGGCAUCUCAUGGGGCAUGUACCAGGAAGAUAUGCCAUAUUCUGGCUUCGAAGGAUCUGGUUGGGUGAAUCAAAAGAAUGGCGCCAACGACUACGUUCGGAAACACAACCCUGAGAUUAUGUAUACCUCUGUGGUAAACAACAAAGACAGAGCUGCCCAGGUCAAGAACCUCACCAUGUUCUACGAGGAUCUCAAGAAGGAUAAACUUCCCCAAUGGAUGUUUGUUACUCCUAAUAUGACCUCAGAUGGCCAUGACUCUUCAGUCACCGUUGCUGGUGUCUGGUUGAAGACCUUCUUGGCACCCCUUCUAAAGGACAAGAACUUCAUGAAGAACACUUUGGUGAUGAUCACUUUCGAUGAAAACGAGACGUAUAGCACCCAGAACCGCGUCUUCAGCGUCCUCGUUGGCGACGCCGUUCCAAAGGAGCUCGUUGGCACCACGGACUCUAACUAUUACAACCACUACUCCGAAAUUUCAACCGUGGAAGCAAACUGGGACCUGUUCACCCUCGGAAGAUGGGACGUCGGUGCGAACGUUUUCGCCAACGUCGCGAAGCACACUGAUGACAGACUCAGAAAAUGGACAGGCUCCGAUUUCAACACCCGCUACUUCAACUACUCCUACCCAGGAAUCUUCAACUCGAAGAAGGGCAAGUGGGCCCCGCAGCCAGUUCCUGAUGUCCACUCCAACCGCAGUGGGCGCACCACUCUCCCAGCAAUCAAGAAGACUUGGGAGAAGGAGCAACCCAAGAACUACUACCACGGCCAACUUGAGAUUCCCGAUGGAUAUAAUCCACCUGUCUACCCAUAUAAAUAUUAG